GCCCAAACUUUAAAUCAUCAGUCAUCACUAUCACUCCCUCUCUCUAUCUCUCUCUAGAACUGCACGGACAACGACAUGCUUUUAAUUUUCAUGCAAAUCUUCUCGAGAACAUUUUGAAAAUCAAACGCAUUUGAAUCCUCACUUUUUUUUAUUUCUCCUCAUCAUCAUCAUCAAUGGUGGCUGGUAAGGUCCGUGUAACCAUGGGUUUUCACAAGUCUCCUUCAACUAAACCGAAAGACAUACCACCUCCGCCUCCUCCCCCGCUUAAACCGCCUUCCGGUUCAGCUGGUAAACCGUCGAAUCCCGGUUCUAAUCAGAAACAAGGUUUCACCCGCUCCUUCGGCGUUUACUUCCCACGCUCUUCCGCUCAAGUACACAACGCCUCUUCCCGGUCCGACCAAAAUGCAGUCGUUUCGGAGCUCCGCCGUCAGGUGGAGAACCUCCGCGAGAGAGAAGCUCUGCUGAAGACUGAAGUCCUUGAGCUCAAGCUCCUCAGAGAAUCCGUUUCCGUCAUCCCGCUGCUCGAGUCCCAGAUCGCGGAGAAGAACGGCGAGCUCGAGGAUUCGAGGAGAGAGACGGCGAGAUUAGCGGAGGAGAACGAGAGACUACGGCGAGAGGUUGAAAAGAGCGAGAGGAGGGAGAAGGAGAUGGAGGCGGAGCUUCGGAAACUCGUCACGAGUGAAGACCACGCGCUAUCGGUUUCUCAGAGGUUUCAGGGUUUAAUGGACGCGUCGGCGAAAUCGAGUUUAAUCAGGAGCUUGAAACGGGUCGGGUCAAUGAAGAACGUACCCGACACGAUACCGGACCAAGAGGAGAGCAGCGACAAGAGAGACGAGAUCGAGAACCAUUCCAUGAGUAACAACACUGAGGAGCUCAUCACUGAGUCAUCUCUCUCAGCCGUUAGAUCUAGGGUUCCUAGAGUCCCCAAACCCCCGCCUAAACGGUCUUUUUCAUCCAACGGCUCAGAUAAUCCGCCACCGCGGAGAACCAAUCCACCUCCUCCACCACCUCCUCCGCCUCCGCCGGCAUUUAUUAAACCGCCACCACCUCCUCCUCCGUCUGUCUCCAAAGCCACACCUCCGCCUCCACCACCGCCACCGCCGAAGAGUUUAAACAUAGCGUCGGCGAAAGUAAGAAGAGUUCCCGAAGUAGUGGAGUUUUAUCACUCGUUGAUGCGAAGAGACUCCACAAGCUCGAGAAGAGAUUCCACCGGCGCCGCGGAGCCGGUACUCGCUAGCUCGAACGCCAGAGACAUGAUCGGAGAAAUCGAAAACCGAUCGGUUUAUCUACUAGCGAUAAAAACCGACGUGGAAACGCAAGGAGACUUCAUAAGGUUCUUGAUAAAGGAAGUCGAAAACGCGGCGUUUUCCGACAUAGAAGACGUGGUCCCUUUCGUCAAAUGGCUCGACGACGAGCUCUCGUACCUGGUCGACGAGAGAGCAGUGCUGAAACACUUCGAAUGGCCGGAGCAAAAAGCAGACGCUUUACGUGAAGCAGCGUUUUGUUAUUUCGAUCUGAAGAAACUCAUAACGGAAGCUUCUCGUUUCCGGGAAGACCCUCGUCAACCCUCAGGCUCUGCUCUUAAGAAAAUGCAAGCUCUUUUCGAAAAGUUAGAGCAUGGUGUUUAUAGUCUGUCGAGGAUGAAAGAAUCAGCAGCCUCAAAGUUCAAGAGUUUCCAGAUUCCGGUUGAUUGGAUGCUCGAAACAGGCAUUACUAGUCAGAUUAAAUUGGCGUCUGUGAAACUAGCAAUGAAGUAUAUGAAGAGAGUAUCUGCAGAGCUCGAAGCCAUUGGAGGCGGUGGCCCUGAAGAGGAAGAACUUAUUGUUCAAGGGGUUCGAUUUGCAUUCAGAGUUCAUCAGUUCGCAGGAGGAUUUGAUGCAGAGACAAUGAGGGCGUUUCAAGAGCUAAGAGAUAAAGCGAGAUCAUGUCAUAUUCAAUGUCAAAGCCAAACACAUCAACAUAAGCUUGUUUUUCGAUCUACCCCUUGUUGAAGCAACCUUAGCUUCUUACUCUUAUAUCCACACCUCAUUGGUAUUUGUCUUGAAUUUCUCUAUUAAAUUUGUUUUUUUGAAAAGACAGAUAUAAAUCAUGUGAAUAUACGAAAACUCAACU